AUGAUAACAUUUCUGUCUGUGAUGAUUGGUCAGAUCCUAGAGGCCACGCCCCUCUUGGAGUCUUUUGGGAAUGCCAAAACAGUGUGCAAUGACAACUCAUCACGCUUUGGCAAAUACACGCAGAUCUACAUGGACGGGGGUGUAAUCAGCGGUGCCAUAACGUCUCAAUACUUGUUGGAGAAGUCCCGCAUUGUCUUUCAGGCCAAAUCGGAGAGAAACUACCACAUCUUCUAUGAGAUGUUGGCAGGUCUUCCUAAUAACGAGAAGCGGUCACUGUAUCUGCAGGAGGCUGAGACGUACUACUAUCUGAAUCAGGGAGGUAACUGUACCAUCGAUGGGAAGGACGAUGGGGAGGACUUUAGGCGCUUGCUGAGUGCCAUGGAGAUCCUGUGUUUUACCCCAGAGGAGCAAAACAGUAUCUACAGACUUUUGUCCUCUGUCCUUCAUCUGGGGAACGUCUACUUCCAGCCACACCAGGCCGAGGGUCAGGAGGUGGCAUCAGUGGUGAGCACUCAGGAGAUCAGGGUGGUAGCUGAACUGCUGCAGGUCUCACCUGACAGCCUGCAGAAGUCUGUGACCUUCAAACUGAUGGAUACAGUGCGGGAGAAGAUUUACACUCCUUUGACAGUGGAGAGUGCUGUGGAUGCCAGAGAUGCCAUUGCCAAGAUCCUGUAUUCGCUGCUGUUUAGUUGGCUGACGGAGCACAUCAACGGACGAGUUUACCCUCGCAGCGAAGCCCUGUCCAUCUCCAUAUUGGACAUAUAUGGAUUUGAGGAGCUACAAGUGAACAGUUUUGAGCAGCUGUGCAUAAACUACGCCAAUGAAACUUUGCAGUUCUUCUUUAACAGAGUCAUCUUUCAGGAAGAGCAGGAAGAAUACAUGCGGGAGCAGAUUGAGUGGCAGCAGCAGCCCUUCAGCCACAACCAAGCAUGUCUUGACCUCAUUGCUGCUAAACCUCAUGGGAUCCUGCGCAUCCUGGAUGACCAGUGUGGUUUCCCUCAGGCAACAGAUCACACCUUCCUACAGAAGUGCCACUAUCACCAUGGAAACAGCACACUUUAUGCCAGGCCAAAGAUGCCGCUGCCAGAGUUCACCCUGAAACACUACGCAGGGAAGGUCACAUAUCAGGUGCACAAAUUCUUGGACAAAAACUUCGACAUGGUCCGCCAUGAUGUUUUAGACCUCUUCAUCCAGAGCAAGAACAGAAUGGUGUCGAGCCUCUUCUUGAAGCACUUAGAGUCUGUGUCUCAGCAGCGCUCUAACUCGCAGCACAACAGCACGGGUCGGCGUUAUCAGGCCAACACGGUCAGCGCGAAGUUUCAGAACAGCCUACAGCAGCUGCUGGAGAAGAUGGAAAGGUGUAACCCAUAUUUUGUGCGAUGCAUCAAGCCAAACCAUCAUAAGGAGUCAGGAGUGUUUGAUAUGGAACUGGUCAACACUCAGCUGCAUUAUUCUGGGAUCAUGGAGACCAUCUACAUCAGGAAGGAUGGUUUUCCAGUCAGACUAUGCUUUCACAGCUUCCUAUCAAGGUAUAAACCCCUGCUCUGCCUGAAGGAUUCUCCACCUGCAGAUGGAGAGAAUUGUCUUGUCAUGCUCCACAAACUCGGUCCAGUCAAGAGCGGCUCGUAUCAGCUGGGAGUCAGUAAAAUUUUCCUGAAAGAGGAGCUGUAUCAGCUGCUGGAGGGGAAGCGUGACCGUGUGCUGCACCUCGCCGCCAUGACGCUGCAGAGAUACGCCCGCAUGUGUUUUGUACGAAAGAACUUUGUGAAAUUCAGACGCCGUGUGACCCUGUUUGAAGCUCGUUCCAGAGGCUACCUGGCCAGAAAAAGGUUUGCUCUGAAAAGGAAGUACCUCAUCAGGCUACGCUCCACCGUGCUGCUCAUUGUCAACUGCCAGCGUUACAUGAGGACAGUGGUAGAGACUGCAAGGAAGGCAGAGGAGGAUCGCAUCAAUCGAGAAGUAGUGAACGUGACAACACUGCCCAUCCCCGCUGAGCUGGCUGGACUGCUGCAGGCGGCUGCAGGUGGUGAGGAGCUGCAUUGGGACUGCUUGGCGGUGGUUCAGGCUCCAAAGGUCCAGGUUGACCCUCAGCUGACUCUGCCCUUGGAUAUCAACAACUACCUCAUAACACACUACAUCCGGGCCAUAUUUAGGGAGCCGUUGUUCGGGAUGCUGACCACGCCACUGGAGAAUUCCUUAAUUCGACUGGAGGAGGAGCUAAAACAUGGAGCCCUCAACAUUUUCAUUCUGAUUCUCCGGUUCAUGGGUGAUCCAAACCUGAAUGGGGCUCAAGAGAACUUGUUUGGGAACUACAUCAUCCAGAGGGGACUCGCUAAUCCCAGCCUCAGAGAUGAGAUCCUGGCUCAGGUAGCCAACCAGGUGUGGAGGAAUCCUAACAUCCUGAAUUCAGAGCGUGGUUGGCUGCUCCUCUCCUCCUGCCUUUCUGCCUUCCUGCCCUCACAGAGGAUGGCUAAAUACCUGCUGAAGUUUGUGUCUGACUACGGCCCAGAGGGCUACCGCUGUGUAUGUCAGCACCGUCUGCUUCAGGCUCUGCAGCAGCUCAGCGUCAGGCCAGAGUAUGCGCGGACCUACCCACCCUGUCUGCUGGAGUGGACGGCCAAUCGCAAGCGAGCUCAUACUGUUCUGCACAUACACUGUUUUGAUGGUGUGUCGUUCCUGUGUCCUCUACACUCAUGGACGACGGGAGAAGAGAUGGCUAAAGACAUCUUACAACACAGGGGUGUGGUGGAAGGGCGUCGAGGCUGGUCGGUGCUGCUGAAGGAGCCGGCUCAGUGGGCGGAACUCGAGGGGUCAGACUAUGUUCUGGACUUGAUGUCGGACCUAGAACUUCCUGCUGACUUCCCCAAACACAGCAGCUACUUUAUCAUCUCUGCACAGGAGCCAACUAAAGUGCGACCUAAUGCCAGCAUAAGCCUGCUGGGAGGUAGGUUUGAUAUGAGCGAUGAUGUCAUAUCUUCCGCCAUACCUGGGUCUGAUGGAUUCGGUCAAGAUUUGGAGCCUCAGAGAGGGAUGGAUCACUAUCUUGACAGCCUGUUUGACCCUGACACUGAAUCAGCUGCAGGACUGUCGAGCCGGAUGAAGGGGCUGGAGGAGUCGGUGGGGCCUGGCAACAGCAAGGCCAGUCCACCGGGCCUCCACUUCCACCUGGAGGCUGUGAGAGUCCUUCCUGUGGGAAGAUGCCAGCAGGCUGCUUUGGCCCAGCAGCAGCAGGCAAUUGUGAACCAGCAGGCCAUCAUCAUGGCUCAGCAGAUGACCAUGCAGGCCAUGGCCAUGGUCGGCAGCCCCUCCAGUGGCGAUGUCUCCUCCCCGCCCCCUGCUGCCAACAUAGAUGUUUUUGUCUCUCCAGCCAAAUGUCCUGUUACCCCUUCACCCUCUGCUUCUGCAAUUAAAGAGGCAAGUUUUAAACCGGCCAAGACCACAAAGAUAAGGGUGUCUAAUCGUCCCCCUACUCCUCUUCCUCCAGUUUCUCGAGAAGUUCCAGUGGAGACGAAGACCAUCCAGACGCAGCUCCAUCAGAGCACCAACGAGGAGCACUAUACCUACACCAAUGUUCCCUGGAGGCUGUAUCUCAGGAAGGAGGUGUUCUAUCCCAAAGACAGCUUCAACAAUCCUCUGGUGCUGGAUCUCAUUUUCAAACAGAUAGUGAAUGACACACUGUCGGAGGCAUGUGUUCGCAUCACGCGGGAUGAAAGGCAGAAAAUGAAAGCUCUUUUCGUUAAACACGGUGUUGAACAGAAUAUGGAUCCAGUGGAGGAGCAUGUGAAGAAAACCAUCGUCAUGGCAGCCAGAGAAACCUGGGAAAUAUACUUCUCCCGACUCUUCCCUGCGUCGGGUAGUGUAGGAACAGGUGUGCAAGUACUGUCAGUGUCUCACAGCGGCAUUAAAUUGCUGAAGACUGUAAGAAGCAGCGCUGCAGCUCCAGAUUACUUCAGGAUUCUUCGACCCUAUACUUAUGCAGACAUCCUGUUUGUGACCAUCCCAUCUGAGAACAUGCUGGAGUUCAACCUGACCAAUGAGAAGCUGAUCCUGUUCUCAGCCAAGGCUCCGCAAGUCAAACAUCUCAUAGACACUUUCAUCAACGAGAUCAAAAAGGACUCGGAUUAUGUGAUUGCAGAGCGUAACUUUGUGACGGACGACCGCUCCAUGCUCAGUUUCCACAAAGAAGACAUCAUCAAGCUGCAGGUUAUGGAUGGGCUGGAGAAAGGUUACAGCUACGGUUGUGUGGUGAAGAAGAAGGUUGUGUUUCUGGAGGAGCUGAAGAGAGACACUCAAGACUUUGGUUGGAAGUUUGGUGCCGUGUUCAGCCGCUCGGGCGCCUUCCCAGCUGAGUGUGUCCACCCCAUUGCUCCUCCUGACUUCCUAUUGCUGCCGCUGGACCGCAGGGCGGAGCCUCGAGGUGGGGCGGGACAGUUUGCUGUGUCAUCGGCGGUUGCUGUUGCCGUGGCAUCGACCAUGGCUGCACAUGAAAUUGAUCAAACUAUUGAGAAGGUUUCCCUUGAUGGCUUUGGUGAUGGAGACUUGGAUGAGAGGACCCUGCAGGACAGUAGAUAUGACAUGCUGGAAUUUGCCAAGAAGUACUUCAGACAGACAGCCAGCGGGAAGGGAGAUUCCCUGAAGAGCAAAAGCAAGAACAGAGACUCCAGGGAACCCACUGAAAUGAUAAAGUUCUCCAAGACUCCUUUGACUGAGUCUCUGAUAGAGUUCACCGACUCAGCCAUGAACAGAGUGGCAGCUGAUCUCUUCUUGUGCGUUAUGCGUUUCAUGGGCGACUCUUCCCCAAGAGGACAGACAGAGCAGGAAGUGGUGAGCAAUUUCCUCAAGCUCAUUGCAGAUUUCGCCUUGAUGAGGGAUGAGGCUUACUGCCAGCUCCUCAAACAGCUUACCACCAACACAAGCUCCAAACCCGAUAGUUGCCAACGAGGCUGGAGGCUGCUGUACAUUCUGACUGCUUUCCAUCGCUGCUCUGAAGUCCUCAAGCCCUUCCUGCUGAAAUAUCUGCAGCAGGCCUCUCGCAGUGCAGGGACACAGUAUCAAGGCAUAGCUAAGGCGUGCGAGCAGAAUCUGAAGAGGACGUACCAGUUUGGAGGUCGCACGGUUGCACCAAACAGCAUGGAGCUGAAGGCUAUGAUGGCUGGACGAAGUUCCAAACGUCAGCUGUUUCUCUUUCCUGGAGGCAUUGAACGUCAUGUGAAACUCAAAACGUGUUCUGUUGCUCUGGAGGUGAUUGAGGAGCUGUGCUAUGAGAUGGGUGUACACAGACGGGAGGCCAUUGAGGAGUAUGCUGUGUUUUUAGUGACAAACAGAGGUCAGAAUGUGCGUCCACUGAACAAACAUGAGUACAUCCUGGAUGUGGCCACCGAGGCCGAGCUAGUCGACUCCAACUACAGCUUCUGGUUCCGACGAGUUGUCUGGACUCAGCCACUCAAGUUUGAGAAUGAGCUCUGUGUGGCCAUGCAUUAUAACCAGAUACUCCCAGACUACCGUAAAGGUCUGCUGAAUGUUCUUCCACAUGGAAAAGUGAGCGACCAGCAGUUCCACCAGAUCUCCAAACUGGCAGCUUUGCAGCACCGAGCCAAAGACAUCAUCUUCAUCCCCAGCAUACAUGACUUGUCCGAGUAUGUUGCCACACCUCUCUUCAAAAAGCAGCCGCCGCGGCAGUGGGUCACCAUGGUGACGCAGCACAUGCAGCAAAUACAGACACUGAACCCACACCAGGCCAGAGCACAAUUCCUGGGGCUGGUCAGUGCCUUCCCCAUGUUUGGCUCCUCAUUUUUCUACAUUCACAGCAGCAGCUCCACAACCUUCUAUGCUCCCUGUAUCCUUGCUGUCAGUCAACAUGGUCUCCACUUCCUGCACAAAAACACACAUGAGCUGAUGGUGGUGGUCCCUCUAGUGGAGGUGCAGUCCAGCCGUACGCAGAGGCCCACCGCUGGAGCCAGCUACCCAUAUGUGGACCUCACCUUGGGGGACACGAACACACAUCGGGUCAUUCAGCUACAGCUGGAGCAGGGCCUGGAGCUGUGUCGAGUCAUCGCCAUGCAGGUGGAAAACAUGAUGUCUGUGCGGGAGAAAAGGCUCGCUCUGCCACCCAGUGAAAUCACCAUGCUGUAACACACUCAUGCCCCAUGCACAAACUCAUGUACAUUCACACAUGUAGAUGAAACCUCUAGAAAUAGCAUACCUCUCUUUACCUGAAGCUGUUUGUUGUAUGAAUCGAACACACACUAACUGAUUGUUUCUUUUUUCAGUUUGACACCUUGAUAUUUACCCUCACUGCUACAUUUUUAACAGGUUUCAGCGUGUUUAUUCUGUACAGAGGUUGCUAAUGAACAGUGAGGAAGCUUUACAGGUCUGUGCCUUGUCAUUGCAAAGUUUUAUAGCCUAUAUGUACUUUUUUUUUUUUUUAUUACUGCGGUAAACUGUAAAACCUGAUGUGUAAACAGUUGUAUUCAACCCAUGUUAGUGUGUACUUGGUCAAGCGUAUUUUAUCGAAAUAAAUGAUGAGUUUUUAAAAUAGAAAA